GUGAAGGAGGCGACGACUAAAUCGCUGAGCAUCCCGCAAAGAAUUUUGCUCUGGUUGUCUGACACGGUUUCCUCGGCGUCCAGCAAAUGGUUCACGCACAUUCUUCUCAUGUUGUCCCUGUUCUUGUAUGCAGCUUUCGGCGGAUUCAUCUUCAAAGUAGGUGACAUGAAUAUUUUGAAUCAUUGUCCUUCGACCCUCGAAGGUCCGCACGAAGAAAAUACCAAAAUAGACGUGGAACAGACUCAAGACCGGGUGUUGACGGAGUUGUGGCGGCAAGCAGGUGCGUCUAGUUCAGUGCAGGAGUUCAAAAACAAUUCUCUGGGACAACUGGAGAUUCUGCAGCAAGUGCUGUACCUUGCCUAUGACCAAGGUAUCACCAAGGGAUUCGGCAAAAGGAGCUGGACUUUCUGGGGAUCCACCUUUUACAGUGGAACGAUCAUCACGACAAUCGGCUAUGGACACAUUGCGCCAGUGACGAGCCUCGGGCGAAUCGUGACAAUUAUUUAUGCACUGUUCGGCAUUCCAAUCCUGCUCAUGUCACUGGCAGAUUUCGGCAAACUUUUCACUCGAAUGGUGAAAGCGGGAUUGGCUUUCUUCCGCCGACUCUACUACACCGGCACUUGCAAACGCGCCCGACGAACGGCGCCACUAAAAAAGAAGGUGACGAGGAACGAGAGACAUUCUUUCCUGGAGUCGAGGAACGAUUCGUCUCGCUAA